AUGCUGCGGACCUCUUGCUUCGUCGGCGUCGAGAUGACCCUCGGUGACCUGAUCUGCCAAUCACUUGAGGGUGCAACCUCAUUCGACGCCGGCCGCUCCGCCGCUGUCGGCGCCGCUGGCUUCACCGCAACCGCUCCGGUCGUGCAUAUGUGCCUCGUCGGGCUCGAGCGGACCUUGCCCGGGAAUUCAGUUAGCGCCGUGCUGGGAAAGGUAGCUCUCGACUGCGCCAUCAUGCCGCUCCCCAUUGGCGCCACGCUCUUCGGGAUCGGUGUCUACCGCGGCUCGAGCGUCGAGGACGCGGCGAGGAGCACCCGGGAAGAGGUAGGCCAGUCGUGGUCGUCGGGGAUGCUAUUUUGGGGGCCUGUCAAUUUACUUCGCUUCCGUUUUGUGCCGCUUGAGUGGCGAGCUCCUAUCGGGAGCCUCGCUGCCGCUGUGUGGGGGGUCUACCUCUCGGCCGUAGCCAACAAGGCACACGCCGGCGGGUCUGUUCCUGCGGAGAUAGACCAGCUGCACCAGCACGAGGUGCACAAGAAGCUCAGUCGCGUGGCGACGAGGAUUGCCACGGCGGCCUUUUAA